AUAAGCUCCCAUUUAAACACACCAAACACCUGCGCUCAUCUUCGCUUGCGCAGGAUAGUCAAGCACAAGCAGCUGUGUCAUCUGCUUUGUGUUUACUCAAAUCAAAACAACCUCAAAUUCAGAGCAAAAAUAACAUAGAAGAUGGUUUUUGCAGUUGGUCGACCUCUACUCGCCCUUAUUACUACCAGACUCGUCUCUUGUAGAUUCAGCGCCAUGGCCACAGCAGACAACUGGAAGAACGCAUCUUCAAUUUACGACUUCACUGUCAAGGAUAUCAAGGGCAAUGAGGUAUCCCUGGAAAAGUAUAAGGGACACGUUUGCAUCAUUGUGAAUGUGGCCUCAAAGUGCGGACUGACCGCUACCAACUACAAGGAGCUGGCCGAGCUGCACGACAAAUACCAUGAGAGCAAGGGCCUCAGGAUUCUGGCCUUCCCAUGCAACCAGUUCGGUGGACAAGAACCAGGGUCCUCAGAAGACAUCGUUUGCUUUGCAAUGAAGAACAACGCCAACUUUGACCUGUUUGAGAAAGUUGAUGUCAAUGGGGACAACGCUUCUCCUCUGUGGAAAUACCUGAAAAGCAAGCAGGGUGGCACCCUGGGAAAUUUCAUCAAGUGGAACUUCACCAAGUUUGUGAUUGACAAAAAUGGACAACCCGUUGAGAGACACGGCCCAACUGAUGAGCCACUGAAAUUUGAGAAGAAUUUGGAGAAGUACUGGUAAAGUAUAUCUCAAAUGUGGUGCCAUUCGGACAACAUCUUUACAACACGCCGUUGUCAUCACUUUUUGUCUCCCUUUGACCUCUUUAAAUUGUUCUGCAUUUUGAACAUUAGCAAACUGGAAUUGUUUGACAAAAAGUAGUAUUCCUUAUCUUCAAAGACUGCUGAUAUUUUCACUAACUUCCUAAAGCAGCGUGUUGAUUUCUUUGUUGACAUCUAUUUGAAAAUCAUGUUCCAAUUUAAACCAAAGUAAUUACGUUGUUAGUGUCGCAACACAAUGGUGAAUGGCUUGUUAGCACAUGGUGUGCAUUUUGUUAAUUGACAUGAAAUAAAUUUUUUAUUAACGGGAACUUAUUAAGAAGAUUAAAA